UGGUCUACGAGACUAAAAAAAGAAACGAGUGAGGAUAAGCAAAGUAAAUCGCUUGUAACUGUAUUUAUUUCCGCUAGCAUGCUUGCUAAAUGAGCUGUCUGUACACAGUAAUUAUUAUAGGCUCGGGCACCUUGGAAAAUAUGAAUAAAAUAACUGUUUAAAUAAGUAAUUUAUUUGUCUGUCAAUCGUCUGGAUAAUACUUUUUGCUCGAAAACUAAUGAAAAGACGGCGUAAUUUCAAAAGAAAAGCAAAAGCAGACUGUAAACCACAGGAGAUGAAGAACAUCAUGUACUCUCAUGAAGCAAACAGCAAAAACGAACACACUUUCCAGCUAUGAUUUCAUCUUACAAUUAAUGCUGUAGAAACGCUUGUCCACUAUGUUGAGUCGACUUCAGGAACUCAAGAAGGAAGAGGAGACUCUUCUGAAGAUAAAAGUCAUGCUGCAAGAUCAGCUUAACAGACUAAAGUUUGAGGAAGGGACACUGAAGUCAAUGAUUAAUGCUCAGACUGAAGAAGAUCCAAGUGAAGCUCCUGCCCCUGAGGAGGAAGUAAACCUAGAUGACGAGACCGAGAUCAACCAAACCAAACUAGUAUUAGGUGCUCAAACAGACUAUGACAUGGAAGAAGAUGAAGAGGAGGAGGAAGAGGAAGAUGAUGACGAUGAUGCUGAUGAAGAUCUCAACAUGGUGCUAGAAGACGAGGAGGAAGACGAUGAUGACUACUGACUGAGCCGAGGAGGAAAAAAAAAACGAGUGUUUUCAUGUACUCCUGUGAUUUAGCUGUGUAAUCUGCACAUUUGGCAUGCUGAAAGAGACUAGUACUGUCUUAGAUUGGUGUUGAUUAGACAAACUGUUGGUUCACACAUCUCUAAAAUCCUCCACAAGUAUGUGUAGCACAAAUACAACUUCUCCUAUUACUGUGCUGUUAGCCAAGCCUGCACUUUACGUAUUUUUAAAAAACCGAAAUUGCACCAAACCUGUUUUGUAGUGUUUACCAAGCGAUGCUGUAUCAUGUGGGCUUUAUUUAAUAUUGUGCUGUAUUGCUUUCAUAUUGAAUGCAUUCUGAUUCUGAAGCUGUUCUGUAUGUACAUGUUGGUGAACUCGCAGAGGUAUUUUUUCUAUUUGGAGAGAGUGUGUAGAAUAGAUAGUGUAUGCAUGAGCAUGAUGAUCGUUCUAGCUGAGCCAGUAUUAUUUUUUUUGUACUUCACGUGCUGCAUUGGUAAUAUAUACAGAGAGUUCCUACGUUUUCUUAGAGAAAAGCAUCUUUUCUGCAGGUUUUGAAGGUGCUCAGCCGAAUAGCAUUUGAAAAAACAGUACUGUUUCUUUUGCAGAGUUCCUGAUGCAGGUGGUUUUGUUGUUGCCUUGGUGUAAAUGUAUGAUGUGUGAAUGAUUUUUACAUUAUCCUCCAGGUACAUGCUAAUAAACCUUAGUAUGAUGACCAGA